AUGGCCGACGCCAAGACCGUUCCGUCGAGCGGUGCAGCAGCUGGCCCCUCUCUGAAUGACGAGCCUCGUCCCAGUCAGCCCGCGAACGCCGCCGCCCACUCCCGACCAGCACCCGCAAUCCCCGUCAGGACAUCAUCGAGGUCGAUAUCGAGCACGGGUACGAGUGCGAUUCCUUCUGCGCCCCGCCCUCGACUAGUGAUCUCGUCCUCGUGCUCGGCGCCCUCGUCAUCGACCUCGACCUCGACCUCGACCUCGACCUCGACCUCGACCUCGACCUCGACCUCGACCUCGACCUCGACCUCGACCUCGACCUCGGCAACAGCCGAAGCGGACGCGGCCGCCACGCCAACUGCGACCACACCCACUCCACUCUCGGCCCGCAAGAACCGCAACAAGAAAGGUUUGGCCCUUACAGCCGAAGCGGCCAAACCGGGCACGCUCUCCAACACCUCGGCCGCGGAACUGCUCAGUGCCGGCGGCAACGAUUCGUCCUCGACGCACGGCGCGACCUGUGCAGGUGGGGGCGACUCCGUCGGCGCGAGAGCUCCUCGAAGUUCAAAGACUUCGGCCCCGAUCCAAGUCUCGGGCUCGUCCCGUACGACCUCGCGUCGAUCGGUCGCAUCGUCGUCGACCUCGGCUUCGUCCUCGGCUUCCUCGCCGUUGUUGCCCAUCACGCCCGGGGGUUUGUCGGUUUCGUCGCUGUCGUCUAACGCAUCCGGCGUCAGCAUGUCCCAGGAUCGUGCGAGGUAUCAGAACCGGUUGAGCGAACAAUUGGCAACGCUCGAACUUGGCGUCGAAUUCAAGCUUGACUUGCGGACCGAGGACUUGGAGGUCUUGGAGGAACUUGGGAGCGGCAACGGCGGAACCGUCACGCGCUGUCGGCAUAUCCCGACUCAGGCUAUUAUGGCCAAAAAGGUUCGUUCUCGGGACGCAUAUCCCACUGAGGCCUUCACGCUCACAAGCCCAGAACUGAUUCCUUUCAUGCGCGUCCCCUCCUUCAGGUCGUACACAUCGCGACAUCGGCGACGACACGCAAGCAGAUUCUUCGCGAGUUACAAAUUAUGCACGAUUGCUCGUCCCCUUUCAUCGUUUCGUUCUACGGCGCGUACCUUCAAGACCCGUAUAUUUGCAUGUGCAUGGAGUAUAUGGACAAGGGGUGAGUAAGCGGUGUGUGGGCUCUGAUGACGAAGAGUCGGAGGCUGACGCGCGGUGAUCCCACCUCCCAGCUCUUUGGACCAGAUAUACAAACGCGUCGGCCCCAUACCCGAACCGAUAUUGGGCAAGAUUGCGCUCGCCGUCGUCUCGGGUCUGACAUACCUCUACGACGUCCACAAAAUCAUGCAUCGAGGUCAGUCCCUCGCGCUUGUUGAACGACCUUCGUGCCCGAGUCGUGGCACUCACCCUCCCACCCCUCCCCACUUCUCGCAGACGUCAAGCCCUCGAACGUAUUGCUGAACUCGGCAGGCCAGAUCAAGAUUUGCGAUUUUGGCGUCUCGGGCGAACUCAUCAACUCAAUUGCCGACACCUUCGUCGGGACCAGCACUUACAUGAGCGUGAGUGUGCUCGUGCGAGUCGUGGCCCGCGCAUUCUCUCAGGAGCUCAUCAGCUUUCCCCCACCCGCACGCUCCGCAGCCCGAACGCAUCUCCGGUGAUCCGUAUACGGUCAAAUCCGACGUUUGGUCACUCGGUAUCACCCUCGUCGAACUCGCGAUUGGGCGCUUCCCCUUUUCGUCCGACGACGGUCAUAGCGACGACGAAAGCGACGACGAAGAAGUCGUUGUGCUCGACAAACGGUCGGCGAGGUUGGCGCGUAUUGCGGAUGAAGAUUACCCCGGUGAUGAGACGCUGUCCCCUGUGCGACCUGAGGAACGGGCGGGGACGUUGGAAGCGGCUGAACAGAAACGGCUGGCACGGCGUAAAGCCGGUGGUGGUAGUAUUGACGCUGCUGUCGACGCCGAUACCGAUGCCGCGCGGAAUGACGGUCGCAAACGUCGGAGCGUCGCUGGUGUCUCUCUCGCCGGAUCAGGCCAUCAAAUGUCCAUUCUCGAACUAUUGCAGUACAUCGUCAACGAACCAGCUCCAUCUCUCCCCGCGAAUCGUUUCAGUUCCGAGGCGCAAGAGUUCGUCAAUGCGAUGCUGAGGAAGGAACCGAUCGGGUGGAACGUCAAGAAGAAGGGGCCGUUGCCGAAGGAUCUCGCAAGGCCGACGCCGAAGGAGCUAUUGGUACGUGUUGCUUGACACGGUCAGCAGUUCGUGGGCUGACUCGUUGGCGAAUUGUUGUUCGUGUACAGGAAUACAAGUGGCUCGUCGACGCGAUGGCCUCCGAUACGGACGUCGAAGCGUUCGCCCGGACAAUCCCUUGA